UUACUAUUAUACACUAAUUGUAACGCUUUGUAAAUAAUUAGUAAUAUUUUAUAAUAAUCUUGUACUUAAUUCUACUGAUAAUAAUAUAAUAAAUUUAGUGUGCCUUUUAGCAUUUCUAAAACAAAAAUGCACAUUGCAUAGAUGCACCGCCAAAAAAAACAAAGAUUUUAGUAAUUUAUAAGAAAAAACUCAAUUUAGGGCAUAAGUUUGAGCGUUUUCAGUUUUUUAAAAUCCAACUCUACAAUUCAAAAUCUCUCUCUCUCUCUCUCUCUCUCUCUCUCUCUCUCUCUCUCUCUCCAUUUUCCUCUUUCCUCUUCAGUAUCGGUCUACCACUUCCAAUUCACCAUUGCAGUCCACACCUCCAUAGUCCCUCAGCUAUCUCGCUCUGAAUUUUGAAACGACAAACACCAUUGAAGAAGAAGGGCACAGAGCGAUAUAGAGAGCCCAAGCAAAAACCCUCUGUUUGAACUCCAAACCUACCUCUCUCAAAAUGAGUACCAUGAAGUUUUGCCGUGAAUGUAACAACAUCCUAUACCCAAAGGAAGACAGGGAUGAGAAGAUCCUCCUCUAUGCAUGCCGCAACUGUGAUCACCAGGAAGUUGCUGAUAACAACUGUGUCUAUAGAAAUGAGAUACAUCACUCUGUUGGAGAACGCACUCAGGUAUUGCAAGAUGUGGCUGCAGAUCCCACUCUUCCUCGGACAAAAGCUGUUCGUUGUGCUCAAUGCAACCAUGGAGAAGCUGUCUUUUUCCAGGCUACUGCUAGAGGUGAGGAAGGAAUGACUUUGUUCUUUGUUUGCUGCAACCCCAACUGUGGUCAUAGGUGGAGGGAUUGAUUUUCAUAUGCAAAAUGGCAAAACGGAUUUUAUGUUGUCUUGAUAUAGUUAAAAUAUGCUUCUUCUUUCUUUUUCCUCACAAACUGAGGAUGUGGUCUGUUGAGGAAUUUGUUAGUGCCUUUGUCAAACACAGAAUCCUUAACAUUCAACUGAUGGUUUCUAACUGAACGGAACUUUGAAUUUGACGUGAUAAUGGAGCAAAUUUCAGGCCUUAAAA